CACACAUCCAUAACCAAAAUCUCUGUUUCACCUCGUCUCAGAGACGAUCGCAGUUGAAUUUUCUUUUUUCUGAAAGAUGGAGGACUACUUGCAGUACAUGAAGACUCUUCGCUCUCAAAUGAACGAUGUGGAAGAUCAGGCAGCCAAGGUAUCAGUUGAGGAGCAGUCGCAGAUCGUUACUAUUCAAACGUUGGAGGCUGACCUCAAUUCUGCAAAAUCUGAAACAAAAAGACUUAAAGAAGACAUUGAGCUAAUGAUACAGGCUAAAGGGCAGAUAUGCUCACAGAUAUUGGAAAAACAGAGAAAGAUUGCUUCUUUGGAGUUCGAUUCUUCCACACUUUCCCAGACACUGGAGCUUAUUCAACAAGAAAGGGUCAGUUUAUCUGCCAAACUCGUACUGAAGAGUGAAUACUAUGCCAAGGUUGCAGAUGAACUUAAUUCCAAGCUUCAGCAACAACAGGACUGGAUUAAUUCUCACAAAACGAGCGGAAAAUUGAGAGAGCAAGCGGUCAAGGAUAAUGAUGCUGAGCAAGCAGCGGAAACUGGAGGGAGGUCCCCCAUUGAUAGCCGCCUCAGAAUGGACAAUAUGGGUGAUGAUGCAAGGAAGAAACUAAUGGCCAAGGUGGAUUGUGCCAAAGCUAAGCUUGAUGAAGUCGGACGAAUGAAAUCUGAACUUGCUACUGAGAAUAGCAAGGUGAAGCAAUCUAUUGAGCAAGUGAGGUGCAGUGCAAAAGAAUUUAAGCCUGAGCUUCUUGCAAUGGACACUACAACCCUUGAAGAGGAAUAUAAAGCCCUUUUAUCUGAUAAGGCUGGAGAAUUUGAGUAUUUGCAAUCUCUUCAAGACCAGAUUGACAAACUCAAGGGUAUUUCUCAUAUGAUUAAAUGUGCAUGUGGAAUGGAAUACAAGGUGGAAAUGGAUCUUUGUGCAUGAAAUCAGUAUGGAUGUGAACAUUGGAAGUUGAACUUGGUUAAGGAGGUGUGGGAUAUCAGUCAUAUACUUGAAUCCUGACAAUCUGUGCAGCUUCUGAAAUGUUGGCAUCCCCCUUUUCCUUCUCCCCUUCGGAUAGCUCAGAAAGAUCCUCUGCAGCAUCAUUGCGCCCCUGCUCCCUCUCCAGCCUUCUCUUUGCGAGCCUUUGUGCAUCAUCCCAUUCUAUCUGCAAAUAGGUACUGCCUUUGUUUCCUUAUGAAAUGUAAUUCUAUCCCACACAAAUUUGGAUACAAACAAGAAUUUUAAUUUCUGUGACUAAUCUGAACUGGUAAUCUUGUUUUCUCUUA